AUGGAGAUUUUAUUUAUUUAUUUAGGGUGUCUUAUUUUUCAUGCCAACUCCUAAAUAACACAAUGCAUAGAUUAAAAAAUUAAACCUAUUGUAAAUUGCUAAGAUUAUUUUACACAUUGUUUUAUUUUAGAAGGAGAUGACGAAGAUUAUACAAAACUUCAACAUAUUGACACCUAAAUUAUAAAACCAACUUUCAUAAUUCCUUUGCAAGAAUAACCUGUUGUAAUAAAAAUUAUCGAUACUUUUGAUGAGAAAAAGAAAAUAUCAGAAAAACUAAUGUGCUACUUAUUUCGUAAACUUGAGUAUUCUAUCAUUUGUAUAAGUGUUGAAUUAGUUUAUUAAGAUGAAUAAAUUAAUUUUAGUGAGAAGUUUAGAUUUAAUACAAAUAUUUAAGCCACUGAACUCUGUGAUGAAAUGAAUAUAAAUGAAGAUGGAAAUUUUAAUAUGUUUUGUUUAAGUCAAUUUAGUUUAAAAUAAUAUACCAUAAAUAAAUCUAGUAGAAAUGCCACUUUAAUUUCUGAGUUUGAUAUUCCAAACCAAAUUUAAGAUAGUUGCAAAAUAAAAUAUGUAAAAUGGAAGUCAAAUUUUUAUAUUGUUGUAUUUUAUCAAUGUUCUAGAUGGAAAGUUUUAUUGAUUAAAAAUACUAAAGUAACAACAUUAUUAGAAGCUUAAAUGAAUGACAAAGAGACCUUAUUUUAAGGUUUUUCUUUUAUUAAUGAUGUAUCCUUUUGUGUAUCUAAACAACUUUUUGUUGAUAUCUAUUUGAUAGAGAAUAAUUCAUAUCUUUAAUUAAUUUUGAACAAUAAUUAAAAACUCUUUAUAAAUUAUUUUUCAUUUGAAAACAUAAAACGUAUACAAAAGAUAAUAGUAUAACAGAAAUGCUCCAUCAUAUUUAUCGUCAAUCCAUUAGAAGAUCACAAUUUAAUUUUUUUUAAUCCUUUAGAACGUAAAUAACUCUUUUUACAUUAAAAAUAUUCAAAUUAUAAAACUUACUUUCAUUCUAAUAUUCUUUUCUUGUAAAAUUCAACAGAAUUAAUUACUAUUUUGAACCCUCAUUUUUAUCAAACUUUUCAAAUCAAAAGUACGCCAUUACAUUUUUUUGAAAUUAAUAAAUUAUUCUGUUAAUUUGAUGAAACACAAAAUGCUAUAUAAUUUUAUCGAUAUUAUCAAUUAAGUAGCUGGAUUAAACCUAAAUAAAAGUAUCUCUAUAUAAUUUAGAGUAUAGAUUUAUUUAGAACUAAUACUUUACUAUUGUGCUUAAAAAUGGUUUAUGAAAAUAAUACAAAAUAAUAAAAUUUAAUUUAAUAUAUUACGGUUUAAGAUUAAUGUUAAAGUAAAUUCUAACAAACAAUCUAAAGCUCAGAAGUUUAAAACUCAUUUAAAAAUAGUUCAUUAAAUUUAUAUAAUCAAGAGGGUAACAUAAGUGUAAGUAUAGGAAAUAAUCACAUUUUUUUGGACUCCUGUUUAACAAAACUGCAAUAAUUUCAUAUUAAAACUAAGAUCGAAUUGAGAUAAUUAAAUAUUCCUGACUUCAUAAUAUUUUAAAAUGAAAAUUCUUUUUAUAUCUACUCUUGUAAACAAAAUAAAUUAUUGGUCUAAAUCAAUAGAAAUUAAUUUGAAGUACUUGAAGCUAAACAAACAUAUUUUAUAGUAAAUAAAAAUACAUCAAAUUCAUUAAGAAUAAUCUAAUUUAAAGAAGAGUAGUUGCUCUAAUANUACCAUAAAUAAAUCUAGUAGAAAUGCCACUUUAAUUUCUGA